AUGCUAGCUGGGGCUGAGGAUGCCGAAGACAGCGGCGGCGGCAACUGGGGGCGGCUGCUGCGUCAAGAACAGCAGCAGCCAGCGCAGCAGCGGCAGCAGCAGCAGCAGCAGCAGCAGCAGCAGGGCAUGACCCGCAGCAGCAGCAGCAAUGAGUACCCCAUCCGCUUUCCUUCAGACCAGAGCUCUAUCGCUGCCACUCCGCGGGGCUCCCGGGAAGCACAAACGGUUUGGGAGCUGCUGCUGCAGCAGCAGCAGCAGAAGCAGCAGCAGCAGCAGCAGCAGCAGCAGCAGCGGAGUCCAGAGCAGCAGCAAACAGCAGCAGCAGCUGCUGCUGCAGAGCACGCGGAGUCUGCAGCAAAACAGCCGAGGGUUCCCCGCAUCCCUUCGUUCCCGUCUUCGCCGCGGGAGCAGAUGUCUGCUGCCUUGGAGCAGCAGCAAGACCAGCAGCAGCAGCAGCAAGACCAGCAGCAGCAGCAGCAGCAAGACCAGCAGCAGCAGCAGCAGGACGAUGAGCAGCAGCAGCAGCAGCCGCGGCUGCCCUCUUGGGGCAGUGUCCCUCUGCCGCCGCCCAGGCGGUCUCCCUCUUUUGACGAACAGUGGGAUGAGGAGCAGCAGCAGCAGCAGCAGCAGCAGCUGCUGCUGCAGCAGCAGGGAGAACUGGCUUAUUUGGAGCGAGCGCAGCAGCAGCAGCAGCAGCAGCAGCAGCAGCAGGCAAAUGACGAGCCUCCCGUCUCUUCGGGGAGCCCGGCAUCCUUGAGGGAACAGCAGCAGCUGCUGCAGCAGCAGCAGCAGCAGCAGCAGCAUUUCCCGCGGUCAACAGCACCGAGCAACAGUAGCAGCAGUCGUAGCAGUAGCAGCAGCAACAGCAGCAGAAGCAGCAGCAGUAGUAGUAGCGGCAGCAGCAGUAACAGCAGCAGCAGCAGUUGCGGCAGCAGCAGCAGCAGCAGCAGCAGCAGCAGCAGCAGCGGGGCCGUCGCCAAGCCCAGUCCCGACUCUGUGUCUUUAUCCUUCGCAUUUCCCCACAGUGACACCCUGCCCCCGCUGCAGCAGCAGCAGCAGCAGCAGCAGCAAAGGCAGCAGCAGCAGCGGCAGAAGCAGCGCAGCCUUUUUUGGACCCAAGCUCCUGACGCUGCUGCUGCUGCUGCUGCUGCUGCUGCUGCUGCUGCUGCUGCUGACGAUCACCACCGGCAGCGCUCCUCAAGUUUGGUUACUCCCCGCAGGCACACAUGGCGCUACCCGCGGCAGCAGCAGCAGCAGCAGCAGCCGCAGCAGCAGCAGCAGCAGCAGCAGCAGCAGCAGCAGCUGUGGAGGCGGUGGAUUCCGCCUCUGUGUGCUGCUGCUCCUUUUCCAGGCAGCUCUCGUGCGCGUGCUGCUGCUCCCUGGGGCAACGGCAGCAGCAGCAGCAGAAGCAGCAGCAGCAGCAAAAACAGCAGCAGGAGCACUGGAGCUUUACAGAGGGGGCCUGAAGCACUUGCUGCAGCAGCAGCAAAGAGCCUCAAUUUAGAGGCAGCAGCAGCAGCAGCAGCAGCAGCAGCAAAUGAGACAAGUGCUUUAGACGAGCAGCAAAAGCAGCUGCAGAGGCAGCAGCAGCAGCGCGCAGGACAGGAAGAUGAGGGCUCAGCAGCAGCAGCAGCAGCAGCAGCAACAGCAGCAGCAGCAGCAGCAACAGAUGGCUUUGCUCGGACAAGUUGCUUCGAGAGGUCGAGCAGCAAACGCUCGAAAGUAAAGGGGGAUCCAACCUUGAGAGCAGCAGCAGCAGCAAGGGCAGCAGCAGCAGGAACAAAGCAAGCAGCAGCAGCAGCAGCAGCAGCAGCAGCAGCAGCAGCAGCAGCAGCAGCAGGCAGCUUUUUUCUUGACAGUCAGAGGGCCUCAGCGCCCCUUCAGGCGCGGCCAGAGAGACACUUGCCAGGCACUGAGACAAGUGCCAGCAGCAGCAAACGCAGCAGCAUUAGCAGCAAACGCAGCAGCAGCAGCAGCAGCAGCAGCAGCAGCAGCAGCGACAUACACGUGCCUGAAGAGGCGCCGCUGUGGAGGACUCAUGACUCCCCUGGCGUCCUUCUUGGGCAAGAGCCACAGGAAGCAGCAGCAGCAGCAGCAGCAGCAGCAGCAGCUGCUGCUGCUGCUGCUGCUGCAGGUCCUGCUGCGGAGGCUAGCGGCGGAGCGCGUGAGGCUGUGGCAGCUGAUACGCUGGACCAGCAGCAGCAGGAGCAGCCGCUGCUGCAGCAGCAGAUUCGGCAGCAGCAGCAGCAGCAGACAAAUGAGCAGCAGCAGCAGCAGCAGUAUCAGCAGCCCCCAAAGGGCCUGUGGCCGCACAGCCUGGGAGCAGCAGACACAACAGCAAGCACUGCUUCUACGCCCGAGGCAGCAGCAGCAGCAGCAGCAGCAGCAGCAGCAGCAAAAGUGUCUGGCUCCGCGCAGCAGCUGCUGGGGCCCCUCAGUUUAACUUUGAUGAAGGUAAAUGCAUGCAAACAAAGUGCUGCUGUGGGGCCCCCAGGGGCCC